UUGGAGAAAAUAAACUUCAGUUUUACUUUAAUGUUUGAGUUGUGAAUAUCAUUAAAAAUAAUUAAUCCUUUAUACAAAGUUUUUUUUUAAAAAAAAAGACAAUUAGAAUAUUUAUCAAAAUAACAAAAUGACUACGCACAUCGACAUUCCUUCUGACAAACCCAACGUUUCACUGCCAUUAUUAAAUGCAAAUGUAUCAACACCGACGAAGAUUUUAAAAUUGUCCAAGCCAAUUCCAAGUGCUAAUUUGUUAAAAAAAAUUAUAUCAUUUAUUAAAAAGCAUCAGACACUUAUUAAAAAAGUAAUUUUGUCAGUGAUUUCCAUUUUGUUAUUAGUCUUGUUCUUAAAACCAUUAAGCAUUGCAUUUUCAAAAUCGGCAUUAGCAAAUAUAAAUGACAUAAAAGACAUCGCUAAAAGACUAAAAUUAGAUUAUGAAGGGUGCAGUUCUUACUAUUCGAAUGAUGACGAAAUUUCCAUGAAUAAUGAGAAAUUGCCAUGGUCGGUCAGAUUUCUGGAAGAUGAUGGAGAUGUUAGUUUUUACGGAUGCACAGGAACCAUAAUAAGAGAUGACGCAAUACUGACAGCAGCUCAUUGCAUUUACGAAUACUUAGAUACCUCGCCAAACUAUAAAGUUGAAAUUCAUCUUGGUGGAACAUCUGCAAAUAAUUACAAAGACAUGAUCAUAAUUCCAAGAAGUGAAUUUGAUCCAAUAAUACAUCCAGAAUUUGUUGCAGAAAACCGUGAAAAUAAUGCUGAUAUUGCAAUAUUGAAACUCAAAAAACCAAUAAAAUUUUCAAAGUACGUCCAUCCUAUUUGCUUGUCAAUUGAUGAAAAGUAUCUUCCAGAACAUUUCACAAUGAGUUUUUGGACAAAUGAAGCUGUUAAUAGUAUGGAUAGAAAUGAAAGAUUAAUAGAAUCAGUUGAUUCUGAUAAAUGUCAUGAGAUCUAUCUAACUAAAGGAGGAGAAAGGAAUCUUCAGUUUAACAAGGAUGGAAUCAAGGAGCAAGUCAUUUUCUGUGCUAAUUCUGGUUAUGUUCCAAAAGGCAACAGCGGUGGAGUAGCUACAUAUAAGAAAAGAGACACAUCAAUUGCAUAUGGAAUAUUAUCCAUGGGAAGUUCAAAGAAGUUUUCACUACCUAGUGUGUUCAUUGACAUUAGAGCUUAUCGAAACUGGAUUUUUAAUAAUAUAUAAACUAUUUAAUCUUAUGUUUUUGAUUUAAUAAACAUUUACAAGUUAAUCGAAAGCUUUAAUUAGCAUUGUUAUAAGAUUAAUAAGAAGAAGAACUUGCAGAACUUGUUAAAAAAAAUUGAAAUUCAGGAAAAUUGAGCGAAUUAAUGAUCUUUCAAAACAAAACCUUGAAGAAUACAGUUGAGACUCUCAAAUGAUGACAAGUUGAAUGACGUUAGCAAAUUCCAACCAAGACGUUCUGUAGCACUCAAAAAUUAAUUUGUAAUUUUAAGGCUUUUUCAAGUUGUUAUGAAACCAAAAUAUUGUUUUAAACUACAAAUUAACACAGUUUAAUAUAAAUUUAUAUUACGUGAGCGGCAAUAACCAAUGAAAUAAAAAAUUA